GGUGUGUGAAAGGUCGUGGCGGAGGGGGCGUCUCGAUGGGAGUCGUUAUCCGGCCGGGAAUCGGCGGGAGCGCCGGCGUCGGGCCUGCACAGGCUAAUUUUGAAUUGGACUUCAUAUUUGCUUAGAUGGUCUGGAGUUUCCUGUUCUUAAGAAUAAGUCUCAUACUACACAGAUAGCAAGAUGAGUUCCUUAAUAGAAACCCCUGAGCUGCCGGCGGUGUUUGAUGGGGUUAAAUUGGCUGCUGUCGCUGCUGUUCUUUACAUUAUUGUUCGUUGCCUGAAUCUGAAGAGCCCAACUGCCCCUCCUGAGCUCAUAUACCAAGACACACCUUUAGCCCGCUUCCUAAUCAAAACGUGCCCUCUCCUAACCAAAGAGUACAUUCCACCUUUGAUCUGGGGAAAGAGUGGGCACAUUCAGACUGCCCUUUACGGGAAGAUGGGGAGAGUAAGUUCACCACAUCCUUACGGGCUUCGCAAGUACCUCACCAUGUCAGAUGGUGCCACAGCCACUUUUGACCUCUUUGAACCACUAGCUGAAAACAGCAGCAAAGAAGAUAUCACAAUGGUCAUCUGCCCUGGAAUAGCUAACCACAGUGAGAAGCAGUACAUCCGAACCUUCGUUGACUAUGCUCAAAAGAAGGGCUACCGAUGCGCUGUGUUAAAUCACCUCGGGGCCCUUCCAAAUAUUGAGCUGACUUCGCCACGCAUGUUCACGUAUGGUUGCACCUGGGAAUUUGCCGCUAUGGUGACCCACAUCAAGAAGACAUAUCCUCAGUCCAACCUUGUUGUUGUUGGCUUUAGCCUGGGUGGAAAUAUAGUGUGCAAAUAUCUUGGCGAGUCCCACAUUAACCAGGACCGGGUGCUCUGUUGUGUCAGUGUGUGUCAGGGGUAUAGCGCAUUGAGGGCCCAGGAAACCUUCAUGCAGUGGGACCAGUGCCGGAGAUUUUACAAUUUCCUCAUGGCGGACAACCUGAAAAAAAUAAUCUUGUCUCACAGACAAGCCUUGUUUGCUGAAACUACGAGAAAGGUACAUAGUUUAGUGGAAACAGAUCUAAGCAGACUGCACAUGGCAACGUCUCUUAUGCAGAUUGAUGACAGCAUUAUGAGAAAAUUUCAUGGUUACGGCUCCCUAAGAGAAUAUUAUGAACAGGAGAGUUGUCUGCAUUACUUGCACAGAAUCUUUGUUCCCCUCUUGCUAGUUAAUGCUGCUGAUGACCCAUUGGUGCAUGACAGCCUCUUAUCCAUCCCAAGAGCCCUCUCAGAGAAACAGGAAAACGUCAUGUUCGUUUUACCCUUGCACGGGGGCCACCUGGGAUUUUUCGAAGGCUCCGUCCUUUUCCCUGAACCCCUCACUUGGAUGGAUAAGCUGGUGGUGCAGUACGCAGAUGCCAUCUGUCAGUGGGAGAAGAAUAAAUUCCAUUGCUCGGAUACGGAACAAUCCUCCGGCCAAGAAUAAACCGAUCCCAAAGACUUUUUUUCAGGUUGUUUCCGACUUAGUUUCCAUCUUCUUCUUCUUCCUUGCUGCUUUUUUUCCCAGGCCAGGCCUGAUCAUCUUCAAUGUAGGCAUUCGACCUCAGCGUUUCAGGCCAAAUAGAGCUACGACACGAAGGUGUUGCUGUUUUGAACGGUUUGGGAGCGGGCUGGCAGCCUACUCAACACAGAGAGGAACCCCCGGGGGUUACUGCCUGUAGCUUACUAUAAGGUUCCGAAACUAGCGAAACACCUGAACAUCUUGGAGAGUGGCAAGAUGUCCCAACGCUUAACCCUUUUUUCACUGUUCAAAGAAAACAAGCAGAGCAACCACGCCUGGUUGUUUUUGCCAAACUUGCCUAGCGUGUUCCUAAUGCGCGAUAGAAGUGUACUUUCUUUGUGGUCGUGUUUCACCUCGUUAACCACCGCGGGCCCUGGGAAAAGGGAAAUUUUACACAUCUGCGAAAGACACCGAUAAAAACCGUCUCCGCAGGCCAUCAGGGCAGCCGUUUGCAAAGCAGGGGAGAAGGCUGGGGAAUUCUGAAUUUCCGGAACCUCGUCCUUCGAGCGAGGACGGGACUUCUUCGCUCUUUCUUGUGAAUGCAUUUCAAGGUUUUUCGGUGGCUUUGAAAACGUUCGGGAGGUCAGUCGGCCCUUAAUUCCAGAAUUCUGACUUGAGUGCAUUCAGUCAAUCGCCCUUUUUUUGCUUUUCUCACGGGGGCUUUCCACGUAGAAAGCUCUGGGACUCAAUAGUAGAUGCCCCUGCUCUGUUAACUACUUGAUAUUGAAACAAGUAGCCUUGUGAUCGUUGCCUUUUCUGAAACAAGGCAUUAUAUUUUGACAUAAAAGUCGUGAGUGCUCCUAACCCAGGCCUUUUAAUACUGUCUGUAAGUGAAAAACCAGUGACCAUCAGUCUGUAAGUUAUCUGUUGUUAUUAUUAUUUUUUGCUUUAGAGAAAUUUCAUAUGCGAAGGAUGGAGAAAAUAAAACAUCCAAAUUCUUUUUCACCUCCCCUCUAGCAUACUAGAGCAGCGUAGUAAGAUUUUGAAAGCCACAACGGUCUCGGCUUAAAGAAGUUUGUUUGUUUGUUUUUUAUUAAAUGUACUGUAUGCCUUAACUAUUAGUGGCUUCUGCAAUUCCCUGAGUCCAAAGGUGCUUGUUAAAACUUUCAGCCCAGUGACAUCAAAUGAGAUUGGCAACUUGGGGCGAGAUGCAAUAAUGCAGAUAAAGUGGAGAAACAGGACUUUUUGCUGAUGUAGAAUAGAGAAACAGAUUUUUGUACUGAGCAAGUUUCCAAUCU